AUGGCUCCGAGCUUUCUGAAUCUGAAAGAGCUGCGCCGUCGCUCCAGGGCAAGCUUCCGCACCGAAGCCUCGACCGAUGGCUCAAGCGAUGGCGUUGUGAGCCAAGGAACCUCGCCAUCGAGCGGUUCCGUCACGCCUCCGUCCAUUGCCCACCGUUCCGACCCGGCCCUCGACGCCCAGGUCAAGAAUCAUGCCAAUGCCCAACAAGAGAGCCUCCAGCAGCAACCGCCGCGCUCCAUGCUAUCUACCAAGUCUAGGGCCGGAAGGUACAGCGUCUCUGGCAUGACUGGCCUCGGCUCUCCAUCUGUGGACGGCAAGAGCGGCUUGCCGUUGUCCAAGUAUGCGCCACGCGUGCACAAUGUCUCGGAAAACUCGUGGGUCUAUCAAAAGGUCCUCUUGGUCCAUGGAACCGUUGGAGAUCCAGGCCUUAAUCCAGUCGACGGCACCAUUGUUGCGAGCAGGCUCGACGACAGUUUCCCGCCAAUCAGCUGGCCAGUGUGCGAAUCGCAUUUCAAGGCCCUCCUUUACCUGCAGCCUGGGCCAAACAAGUUCAGACUCGACUUCUCGAGCCCCAAGCUGGCCAACAGCGCCUCGUCCAACCCUAUCCACGCCUCCUACCUGACUGUUCACAUGCUGCCGACCCUGAAUGCACCCCCACUCCAGCUUGCGAUUCUCUUGGGCCGCGAUUCCCCGGCGACCUUUGAUGCUGUCCCCGCAAGGGCGCAAAAGGAGGGUAACGGGCUCGAAACAGCCAUCAAGAAGUUUCGAAUGGCGGCCUAUCUCUGGCAAGCCUUCACGGCCGAGCAGAUGUGGCGAAACAGGCUGGGCCGACGUGUCUUUCGCUUCGAGGAAGAGUGGACUUUGGGAUCCUCUAAUUACCGCGACAGGGAAUCUGGAGGAAUGCGAUCCGAGGCGAGAAUCCACAUCAUCCGGUCCGACAAGACCGUUGCCGAGCUGCGGGACAUGAACAGGGCGCAACAGAACGAACAAGCUACCGACAAGGACGCCCUCUUUGGCAUCGCCGCCGAUGCAGUGAACAAGUAUUUUAAUCCGCUCCCAGGGCAAAAGAUUUACGCCUCUGUUCUCUUGCUCGACUCGCACUGGGACGCCAACAUGAAGACUAUCACUGGGCACGCAGCCUUGGGCGGGAAUUCGGGAGACCUGCAACUCGCCAUCUUCGGCUCUCAUUGUAUGCACAGCUAUCCCACCUGCUUCGAGGAAGUGGUGCCCGCCUUCACCGAUUGCACGCCCAUCGACGUCAGCUGCGUAGCCAACGACUGCAACGACGCCGGCAGCUCAUGGGAGGCGGCCAACAUUGGCAUCGGAGCUCACCUGCACGAGACCGGUCACUUGUUUGGCUGCCCACACCAGGAGACUGGCAUCAUGCUGAGAGACUACGUCGUUCUCAACCGCACCUUUGUUCCUCGCGAGGCUUAUUCGACCAGGACCAAGUCCAAGGGCGGCCUGGCUCUGCAGGCCGACGAGUGCGGAUGGCACCGGCUCGACGUUUUGCGUUUCCGAGCCCAUCCCGCCUUCAGGCUACCAAGCGACCCCCCGAUGAAUCCGGAUGAGAGCGUCCAGGCGUUUCCGAUUGACGGCGGCGGUAUAACGGCCAUGGCGGCAACAGGCAUCUCGUUUGUCGAGAUAUAUGGCGACGACGACGACGUCUGUGACUUGCGGUCAAGGUUACCCGACGCCAAGAAGAAGGGCCGCCUCGGGAUAUCGAUCAAGUCACACGGCGGCGGAUCACUGACGAUAAAUGACAUGAAGGCGUUCACCAGCAAGCCGUCGUUUGUAAAGAUUGGCAAUGGCAAAACGGCUUCUAGGAGCCACAAACUUGGCGAGUCCAAGAUGGACGGGAGCGAGCCCCAAGAGCUGGUUUUUACCAGCGCGGUCAAGCAGGAUAGAGUAAUGUCGCGAGUCAUUGUCUACCACGGUUCCGCAUUGGACGGGCUCGAGUUUGUCUACGACGACGACUCGACGCAGGUGUUUGGAAAGAAGGGCGGGAAACAGGGGGGCGACGUGGUUGAGUUUGACCGUCGCCGCGGGGAAUACCUGAGUGGCUUCAUCGUCCGGGCCGGCUUCUGGAUUGAUGGUUUGCAGGUCAUGACGAGCCUCGGACGAAAAUCGCCCAUGUUUGGAAACGCCCACGGCGGAUCAGCGCACACGUUGAUACCCCCUCGAGGCUACGCCAUCUGCGGCCUCUCGGGGUCAUGCGGCCCUUGGGUUGAUGGCUUUUCGAUCCUCAUCAAGCAUUAG